GUACAUUUUAACUGUCAGUCAAGAUGGAUAUCCGAGGUGCUGUAGAUGCUGCUGUCCCAACAAACAUCAUUGCUGCCAAAGCUGCUGAAGUUCGAGCAAACAAAGUAAACUGGCAGUCAUAUCUCCAAGGUCAGAUGAUUUCAGGUGAAGACUGUGAAUUUAUUCAAAGAUUUGAACAGAAAAGAAAUCCGGAAGAAAAACAGGAGUUGUUGCAAACAGAAGGCAAUCAAUGUGCUAAAACAUUUAUAAACUUGAUGACUCAUAUCUCCAAGGAACAGACUGUUCAGUACAUUCUGACUAUGGUUGAUGAUAUGCUGCAAGAAAAUCAUCAGCGUGUUUGCAUCUUCUUUGAUUAUGCAAAACGUGGUAAAAACACUGCAUGGUCCUAUUUUCUGCCAAUGUUGAAUCGACAAGAUCUCUUCACUGUGCAUAUGGCAGCAAGAAUUAUUGCCAAACUGGCUGCGUGGGGGAGGGAGCUUAUGGAAGGCAGCGACUUGAAUUACUAUUUCAACUGGAUUAAAACUCAGCUUAGUUCACAGAAACUACGUGGUACAGGGGGUUCUGUGGAUACAGGAGCAGUCUCCACAAGUGAUAGUUCCCAGUAUGUACAGUGUGUUGCUGGAUGUCUGCAGCUGAUGCUCAGGGUCAAUGAAUACCGCUUUGCAUGGGUAGAGGCAGAUGGAGUAAAUUGCAUCAUGGGUGUCUUGAGCAACAAAUGCGGUUUUCAGCUCCAAUAUCAGAUGAUUUUCUGUGUCUGGCUGCUGGCAUUUAGCCCUCAAAUGUGUGAAUAUCUUCGUCGGUACAAUAUUGUCCCUGUGCUGUCGGAUAUUCUUCAGGAAUCUGUCAAAGAGAAAGUAACCAGAAUCAUCCUUGCAGCGUUUCGGAAUUUGUUAGAGAAGUCUACUGAGAGAGAAACUCGCCAAGAAUAUGCUCUUGCCAUGAUUCAGUGUAAGGUUUUAAAGCAGCUAGAGAAUCUGGAUCAGCAGAAAUAUGAUGAUGAAGACAUCAGUGAAGAUAUCAAAUUUCUACUGGACAAGCUUGGUGAGAGCGUGCAGGACCUUAGCUCCUUUGAUGAAUACAGCUCUGAGCUCAAGUCCGGAAGACUGGAGUGGAGUCCUGUGCACAAAUCUGAGAAGUUUUGGCGGGAGAAUGCUGUAAGACUAAAUGAGAAGAAUUAUGAACUACUCAAAAUCCUGACAAAACUUCUGGAGGUUUCUGAUGAUCCACAGGUGCUGGCUGUAGCUGCUCAUGAUGUGGGAGAAUAUGUACGACACUAUCCCCGUGGGAAACGAGUGAUUGAACAGCUUGGUGGUAAGCAGCUGGUCAUGAACCACAUGCAUCAUGAAGACCAGCAAGUUCGUUAUAAUGCACUACUGGCUGUGCAGAAGCUGAUGGUUCACAAUUGGUUAAGUCACCUCCUUGCUGUGACAGGCUGGCUAAGUUGACAAAUUUGCUGCCAUUGUCUCUCUCUGCAGUGUAUCAUAGGGAAUACCUUGGGAAGCAGUUGCAAUCAGAACAACCUCAAACGGCCACCGCACGGAGCUAAAUACACUUCCGUCAGUUCAUGCAGUUUGUGCUUACAACUACAGUGUGUUUGUCUUAAAAUGAAUACAAAGGAAAUACUGAAAUCACGUGCUCUUUGUCUGCUACAGGUGCAUAAACAUUCCAACUUUCCUCUAGUGUUGUUGGCUUACUAAAAAUUGGUUUGUUCAACUAGUUCUGCUGAUUAUACCUAUUAGCUUCUUGUUCUAUUCUGAAUGUAUAUGAAGAAAUGUGGCUAAUAUAUUGCAUUUGUUUUAUGUAUUUAUUCUCAUAAUAAAGACUAUUAUUAAAGGAUAUCUGUUCCAUACUGGAUAUUAUAAUUAGCCUAGAAAAAAUGUCCUUUUAGUGGGUUAUCAGUGUUGUCACUGUCCAAGAAAAGCAAGUUGUCCCCUUAAUGUUUCAGACAAAUUAAUGAAGCUUUGACUUAGUGUUUCAUAGAAAGUGCAAUAGCCUAAGAAAUACUGAUUAUUAGUAAUAAAAUAUAUACCAAGUCUCAAAAUAAUGUUAAAAUUGUAUAUAAAAGCAAAUGUAUGGAUGGGGUUUUUUUGGGCGGGGUAGGGUAGUUAUCUUUUUAGAAACUACAUUAAAAAAUCUGGAAAUGAGAAGAGGAAAAGAAAAUGAGCACUCCUCCAUCAGUGAAGUCAUACCCUCAAAGUUAUUAGUCCAGAUGUAUAACACUAGGGGUUAAGACUGUAGAUCAGAAAUCAAGUUGAGGGUGUUUUUUUGUUUUUUUUUUUUAAAUGUGCACUAACACUGAACUUGUAAUUUCACGGAGUUUUUGGUUAUUGAUAAUACUUGUAAAUGUUAGGGUUCUGGUUUCAUUCUAAAAUCUAUUGUAUUUCUUUUAUAUUGAGCCAGAUAAUUUGGCUAUCAAUAUUUUCUGUGAUUUGUAGCUUCUGAUAGUAUAAAAUAUGUAAUCAAUAAAUUUAAGAUCAUUUUGGCUUGGCAUAUGAAAGCAGUUUUGUUGCAUGGAUAGGAGCCUGAAUCCAGGCACUUGCAACACCAAGCAGUUAAUAUUCUUGUGAUUCAUUAUUAGAAUUUAAAAAAAAAAAAAAUGAUGAUAACUCAAUCCUUAAUCUUGUCAGUAGUCAUUUGAGGUGCAAGUCUCUGAGGAAGCUCAGAGUACUUUGUCAUCAAGUGAAAAGACAAACUGGGAAAACUUUCCUUAUCCAGCCUGGAUUUUCGUCAUAUGUAAUUAAAAUUUGACCACUGUUGCAGUGGCGAGAAGAGACUUAGAGGACUACAGGUUGAUGAUUUCUUGAUCUGCUUAAUUAAAAUUGGAUUGUGUAGCUUAAUGACUGUUGCUUACUUUUGCAUAUAGACGGCAAAGGCUUUGAUAUUGCAGUCAGUAUCAGAAGGAGAGACUGAAGGCUGAAGCCUGAAAAAAAUUAACCCUCACUCCAACUGAAGUCAGUUUAUCUGAGUAGGUCUGAACUCAGCGCUGCACAUUCCCACAGUGCUGAGGGAUACCGGUGGUGUGGGAAGCAGCUGGGGGAACAAGGGUGCACCUACACUCUGUUUUUGUCUCAAGUCAGUUCAAUGCUCUUGAAAUGAAUCUCCCUGCAUUUCACACUUCAGUUUACAUUGCAUGGUGCUGUCAGGCCAUGAAUGGGUUCUUCUCCAAUAAAGCUGAAGCUCAGGAUGUACAUUCUGCAUGAUGCAUGUCAUGCUGUGCAUCCUGUGUGUCUUGGCUACAUAGCAAGUGUUCAGUCUACUGGACCAUUUCAGAUUUUGUUUGAAGUGCGGCCUUUAGAAAUGCGGAGUGAAUGCUGAAUUAGCACCAGGUGUCUUGCUCUACCAAUCAUCUUUUCAUGUCACACUUGUCAGUGUAAGCAGAUCCUAUGAUUGGUCUUACGGUUACAGCUGUAAUGUUGGGUGCAAGAACUGUGGCGUGGCAUUAAUGGGAAAGGAAUAUCUCCCCACCUUCAAAACCAAGUGUGUUUUUUCCUUUCCCCAAGGGAACACUAAAGCACUGCUGGGUAAGAUCUGGGCUUGAAUUGUAGGAGUAAACAUGAUGAAUACUACCAUUGGAAACCUCUUCAGUUUCUGGAGGAGCUAGAAAUAACCAAGUUACUCAUAAUGUGAAACGAAAUUGCUUACAGGGGUUGACCUGAAACAUCUGAGUAUUAUUUUCAUGUAUUAUACAAAUAAAUUCUCCUCUCCUGCUUUGCUGUGCAUAAUUUAGUUCUUCAUCAUGUGAUGUGUUUCUAAGCUGUGUGAUACCUGGCAUUCUCUGACAUUUAGUUACCACCUUGUGUCCAGCAGCUUUCUAAUUAAAGAAAUGGUUCUGAA